GCGGCGUUAGGACGUGUCGUCGUUUAUUCUAAUUGUAAUAAAUCGAUAACGUUUUUAUCCCGAUAUUAUUUUUCGGUGACUGUGUUCUGUGUAUUCCGGUGACCGUUUUGGUGAACUGUUUUAAAACUGUUUUAUUUAAUAUUGGGAUAUAAUCCACGGCAGGAUUGUUUUCAUUCCACUAAGUAUCUAAUGGAUUCGACAAGGAGUUGAGGUUCGAAAACAGAAAUGAACCUCACCGCCAUUGCGUUUUGGCGCGUUACGCGCGUAACCGUACUGCUGAUUACCUUGGUAGCCACGUGUACAGUUUCAGCAAGAGAUAUUGUACUAGAUGACAAUUACACAGUAAUUGAAGCGGCAACAAAUGAUAGACUUCGUCUGAUCUGCGGCCUUAAGCCUCGGAGUCAAGCACAGAUGGUGGAGUGGUUUAAAGAUGGCCAGGCUCUGGAUGGAGUCUCCAAGAGGAUAACACAACAAAGGCAAUGGUUAAGAAUAAAAGGAUUUAGAGCGAAAGACGCUGGUGUUUACUCGUGCCAAAACGAAGAAGAUAAGUUCAAGGAAAUGGCUGUCACGAUCAAGCACAAGAUUGGACAAGAUCAAGAUAAUUUAGAAGAAUAUCAAGCAGAUGUGGAUAUAGACAGGCCAAUGCCAGAAAUACUAUCGCAACACCAAGCUGUUUCGCUACACGAAAAUAACAAAUUUGAAGAAAAUACGACUGAAAUAAAACGAUUAGCAAGAACAAUGAAAUUAAAAGAAAUCGAUCCAAAAGAUGAGGAUCCUGAUGAUAAAAGUGAAAAGGAUCAUCCCAUUUACGGACACGUGGAUGAAACUAAAAAGAAAUACCCUCCCAAAUUCAAACAUCCAUCAAAAAUGUACACUAUGGAAAUGAAGCCUGCUGGCAGCUCUGUCAGAUUUAAAUGUCCUGCUGAAGGGAAUCCCACGCCAAAUAUUACGUGGUACAAAAACAAAAGUAAUCCAAUACAAAGGACAUACUUCCAGCCUAGCUACGCUAAAUGGGCGAUAAAUUUAGAUGAACUUACCAAAGCAGAUAACGGAAAUUACACUUGCGUUGUUUGCAAUGAACUGGGUUGCAUUGAGCAUACUGUUGUGUUACACAUACAAGAGCGCCUAUACGCGAAGCCAGUUCUCACGCAAGGCGCAGUCAAUCAAACUCGGAUCGUAGGAGAGACGGCAAGAUUCUCUUGCGAUUUCCUCUCGGACAUGCAUCCGUAUCUCUACUGGAUGUAUUUCUCGAAGGAUGAUUACGUCUAUAGCGAUGCCAUCGAUAGCGACGGCUCUGUUCUCGACUUAAAUGACACGAGCAAAUUCGUAACGAGCGAUGAUCCGUUUGACAAGUUGGAGCAGCUGACAUUGUACAACGUGACAAAAGAAGACGAAGGCUGGUACGUCUGCGUCGCUCUCAACACACUCGGCAAUACAACCGCGAAAGGAUACCUUACUGUUCUUGAAUCUCCUCCGGAAUUAGAGAUACCGGAUCACGGCAAGCACACGCUUCUAAUCAACAUACUGACCGCGGUACUCGGGGCUAUGUUCUUCGUGGCCGCCAUUAUAGUGGUGAUGGUCUUCAAGAAGCUAAAGCGAGAGAAGUUGAAGAAACAACUGGCAAUAGAGACCGCGAGAGCUGUUAUCGUUACGCACUGGACGAAGAAGGUCACAGUCGAGAAGCCACAGAUGAACGGGUCCCCUAAUACUACAGGAGAAGCUCUGCUGAUGCCAGUCGUCAAAAUCGAGAAGCAGAAACUGUCACAAGUACAGAACAAUACAUCGGACUCGAUGAUGAUGUCGGAAUACGAACUCCCAAUGGACAUAGACUGGGAAGUUCCCAGGGAAUCGUUGUCGUUGGGAAAAGUCCUCGGCGAAGGGGAGUUCGGGAAGGUGGUGAAGGCUGAGUGCGUCGGCAUCCUGAAGCCGGGCUUGCAGUCCGUUGUUGCGGUCAAGAUGUUGAAAGAGGGUCACACGGAUGCUGAAAUGAUGGCGUUGGUGUCGGAAAUGGAGAUGAUGAAGAUGAUAGGGAAACACGUGAACAUAAUCAACUUGUUGGGAUGCUGCACGCAGGACGGACCUCUUUAUGUCAUAGUCGAGUACGCACCAAAUGGAAACCUGAGGGAAUUCCUGAGGAAUCACAGACCCGGGAAUAGGUACGAGUCACCAAACGAAGAUUUGAAAGAAAAGAAGACGCUGACACAAAAAGAUCUUGUGUCUUUCUCGUAUCAAGUGGCCAGAGGAAUGGAGUAUUUGGCUUCGAGAAGGUGCAUCCACCGCGACUUGGCUGCUCGUAACGUGCUCGUGUCGGACGACUGCGUCCUCAAGAUCGCCGACUUUGGUCUCGCUAAAGACGUCCACAGCAACGACUACUACAGGAAGAAGACAGAAGGGAGACUUCCCGUUCGGUGGAUGGCGCCGGAGUCCUUGUACCACAAAGUGUUCACAACGCAGACCGACGUUUGGUCGUUUGGCGUGUUGCUAUGGGAGAUAAUGACGCUGGGAGGCACCCCCUACCCCACCGUCCCCGGCCAGUACAUGUACCAGCACCUCAGCGCCGGACACCGCAUGGAGAAGCCACCGUGCUGCAGUCUCGAGAUUUACAUGUUAAUGCGCGAAUGCUGGUCGUUUUCACCCGGCGACCGGCCGUCCUUCACCGAGCUGGUGGAGGAUCUGGACAAGAUUCUCACGGUCACGGCCAACCAGGAGUAUCUGGACCUAGGCCUGCCACAGUUAGACACACCUCCUUCAAGUUACGACGGCUCCGGUGACGAAAGCGACGCUGAAUUUCCAUUUAUAAAGUAAAUAAAAAAAAAAAAAAACAGAAAAACAAUGUGUAAUGUGCCUUAAUUUAGCGCCUCACGGGCAGUGAUACGUUUGCGUCUGUAAUACUCAAACGAGAAUUUCGAAUGUUCUAGAAUAGGAAAGUUUUUUUUUUUGUAAAAAGAAAAUAAAUCAAAUAUGGAAGCAUUUCGAAUAGUGAUGUGGAACGCCGAGGUGAUUUUUAGAUGUUAUAGUAAUUCAACACUGUGUUUUUCGUGUUGUCUUUACUUAAUAUUUAGAGAAAGGCUGAAUGAAAGAACUUUUCGUGAAAUAGGUUUAAUAUUGAAUAACAUUAUUGAAUAACAUAAUUUGUGCUGUAUUAAUUAAAUUGCAAUAAUAUGUUCAUGAAAUAAAAUAUGAAGAGUGAACGACAUUGACAUUUAUCAAAUGUGUCACUGUUUUUUUUAUGUCAGAAUAACGAACGUAACAUUUUCAUAAUACUCGUUACGAGAUUAAUUUGGUUGAUAAUGGUGUACAUAGGGACAAAUAAAAAAGUAUGUAACUCGAAUUUUUAUUUGAGAAAACUAAGCAGUUCUUAAGGGCUUCUCAUGCUAUGUUGUGGACCACAGAUAAAAUAAUUCGAGUCAAGUGGAGAGAAUGAAUUCGUAUUCGGCAAUGAGUGAUUGAUACAAAUAAAAGGUAUAUUGUAAUCCCACCUACGUAUUUGAGUUUUUAAUGUUUAUUUUGUACUGGAUUUUAAUUAGAUUUUGAAUUAUUGAAAAUCACGAAACGCAAUUAUUGUAUAUUUUUAUUUAUUGAUGAUGCUAGUUUGUUUUGAAUCAUGUUUCAUUUUUCUUAAUUUAUAUUUCGAGUGCAGAUACUACUAAAAAAGUAUCGUUUCACUAAAUUAAGAAUUUCAAAAUUUUAUUAGAUACUUUAGUAUAGAUUUACUCAAUCAUGUAUUUCGUAGUAAAAUUUUAUGAAGUUAUGAUUUAAGACGAAUCUCUUCUAAUUUUGAACUCUAUAAGUGUUAAAAGUGUUAAAGCAGACAAAACUUUUCACCGACACGCGCUGGCAAUACAGUAGCUGUCAAAUAUCCAGCAUUACGUAAGAUAUUUAUUUAGUGUCCAUAAUUAUUAAGUACAUAAUACUAUGCAUAAGUAAAGUGAAAUAAGAAUAAAGUAAUGUUUGUAAAUAAAUAAUUUGCGAUGGUUUUGUAAAUAGUUAAUUUAGUACCAAAGUUCAGUUUUACAAAUAUUCUAUACGUAGGCCGUUUUAUAUUACGAAGAAAAUUGUAAAUUUUGAUAAAUUUAUUAUCAAAGCUAUCAAAAUAAUAGUAUUAUAAAUGUUAUAAUUAAAAAAAACAUAACAUUAUUAAUCAUCAUUAAAGUCUAGUCUUUAAGUAUUUUAGAGAAUAGUCUACAUACAUUGAUGGCUCGUUGUCUUUGGAAAGUUAUACAUUUAUUUUAGCAUUUUUCUAGCAUCUAUUUGUACUUAACUAGUUUCACAAAUGUUUAUUCAGAAUAUUGAAGAUUAUUUGUAAAUAAAACUGAUGUAUAAGAUAGGAGGAACAAAGGAAUAAAUGAAAUGUUUUAUGAGAUGGAAAUCGAAUUUCUUAUUAGUA